AUGGCUGCCGCAUCCGUUCGAGGGUUUUUCCAAAGGACUGGUACGAGUAUCAAAGAGUAUUUUCAACGAAUGGGCAAUGAUUAUGCAACCGUCGCCAGAGAAACAGCAGCAGGAGCUAAAGAACGACCUUUGAAAGCUGGCAUCGUGCUUUCCGGAUUAGGUUUUCUUACCUACGCAUACCGCACGAACCCGACGGAACUGGAAAUGCUAGAUUAUUUGUGUGAAAGGCGGCAACAGAUGGUUCUCGUGCCAAACACAGAGCAUAACCCCACUACAACGAAAGAACUGGUUUCUCGAGAUUUCCUCCUCAGCCAAAAACGUUUACAUCACUACAACCUGUGGUUUUUCUCACUACUAGUAGCUGGCGAUUACAACAAAAAUCUGCGGAUAUAUUCUUCUCAGGACUCAAAUCUGAAAGAUUGGCCAUGGACUGAAUUGUGGAGGAAUAUUGUUGACGUCGGAGCCCUCGGAAAAUGGUAUUGGAUGGAUAAUGCAUUCGUCGAUUAUGAUAUCAAUACUGAUGAAAUUAAUCUUUUACCCGAUGAUCAAAGAUAG